GUGGUGUUUCGCGCUCUGAAACGUUAAAAAGGUGUUUCAUGUGAAUGCGUGUGAAUUGUGCGUUUUUUUGUUUGUGACUAGAAAGAAGUUUAACUUUCAGCAUUCGAAAUAGGCACUUAAUUAAAUACUCAAAAACUCAAGUGUGUUCAAUAGGUGUUGUGAUACCGCAGCUGAUUAAAAAUUCGACGUCAAUAAAUAUAAAUUAUAAUACUUUACAUAUGUACAUAUGUAUGCGCUUAAUAAAAAUGUACAUAUGUUUGUGUGUGUGCAACUUGUGAACGUCACUUAGCGAAAUUCUGCCGUCAAGCGAAGUGUUUGUUGUGUGUAAAAUUAUAAAUAAUUUUCAAACAGAAGCAAUAAAGCAUUUAAUAAAGAAAUAUGAUGAAAGACAUCAUCAAUAUGCAUUAAAUUGUCCCGUUUAAUAAAGAGCAAUAAGUGAUUUAUGUAUGUCAGUGGGAAAUAUAGAAAAUUUCAAAGUGGAAAAUAAAUGAAAAAAUUGUGCAAAAUAAGAAAUAAUAAAGAAAUUAUAAAAAAAUGCAAGCUCCCAUUUGCAAUGAAAAUAUUAUUUAAAUAUCUAUUAUAUUAAAGUGUGAAUUUUUUGAAAAUCGCCAAGAGCCACUAGUGAGGUGCGCCAAAACUGAUAUUACAGCAGUAGCUGCAUUUUAAUAAACUCAACUUUAACAGCAGCCGAAGCAGUCAUCAAUCUUUGGGUACAUAAUAUCUGGCAGUUUGGAUUAAGUUAGAUCAAAAGAUCAGUCGUAUAAUGUUCGCGCAGUAGCUGCAGCAGUUAAAUAUUAAUUGCUUGAUAAACUUCUCAAUUGCUGCUACUACUGUGAUCUCAUAACCAGUGCUGGGCUUAGAUGUGCUUAGGGCGAAUGGUUUAAAAUUUUAAGAAGAGUUUGGAAUUGUAUUGCAAGUGGUCUCUGUGCGGAGAAUUUAAAAAAACAAAAAACGCGAUAAUUCAUUGUGUAUUUUGCAGACAAACGUGAGGACAGCAGAUGUUCUAGAAAUUUUCUAGUGGCGUCAUGAGCCGCCAGCAUAUACAUAUUCGAGUGCUAUUACCUACACCAGCCAGCGAGUUUUCCAUAAAACUGUCAGCAUGACGUAGCACUAAGUGCCCCAAACAAUUAUUGUGAAACAACACCAAUUUGGAUCGACUCCAAAUAUCGGCAAUACGACAUUGCACGAAUGAGACUGUGAUAGUGAUAGUGAUAUAAAAAAUAGACUUGAGACUGCAAUUGCAACUACAACAGCAACAAAAUGCAGUCAAAGCAAAUGCAACAAAUUGCACUUAUUGCCUGCAUAUUCCUGAUUUUUAUGCUCAAUUUGUUGCUGACGGCAGCAGCGGCCAAAGAAACUCUACCAACCUUAUAUGCAAAUAAGGAUUUGCAAGAAGAAAAUAUACUACAAGAACAUCAGAGGCAACAAACUAAGACACAACAACAGCAUCAUCAGCAGCAACGACGGCGGCAGCAUCAUCGUCGUCAUGCGCUGCACGAACGCGAAAAGCGUGAAGAGGAAUUGGGCGAAGUGUACGAAACGCAGCACAGAGCGAACCAAAAGCAUACACACCAACAACACCAGCACCAACAACAACACACACGCCAACAUCAUCGUCAACAUCGCGGACACACACAAAACCCAGUCGUUGGGGGCUAUGCCGCCAGCUACCUGAGUGGUAGCAGCAGUCAUCCUUCAUCAUCAUCGUCGUCGUCGCCCUCAGCACCAUCAUCAUCGUCAUCUUCUUCGUUCUACAAACGCUACUCACGUGACUCGUCGGCAUUUCCAACACGUGAGCGCAAGCCAAACAUUAUUUUAAUACUCACCGACGAUCAGGAUGUCGAAUUGGGAUCGUUAAAUUUUAUGCCGCGCACUCUGCGUUGGCUGCGUGAUGGUGGCGCUGAAUUCCGUCACGCCUACACCACCACGCCUAUGUGUUGCCCGGCACGUUCAUCACUGCUGACCGGCAUGUACGUACACAAUCACAUGGUCUUCACCAACAACGACAACUGUUCGAGUCCCCAGUGGCAGGCCACGCAUGAGACGCGCUCCUUUGCCACAUAUCUCUCGAAUGCCGGCUAUCGUACGGGAUACUUUGGCAAGUACUUGAAUAAGUACAAUGGUUCGUAUAUACCGCCGGGUUGGCGUGAAUGGGGAGGUCUUAUUAUGAACUCGAAAUACUACAAUUAUAGCAUCAACAUGAAUGGGCAGAAAAUCAAGCAUGGUUUCGAUUAUGAGAAGGACUACUACCCCGAUUUGAUAGCGAAUGAUUCAAUAGCAUUUCUACGCUCCUCGAAACAACAAAACCAAAGAAAGCCUGUGAUGCUGACAAUGAGUUUUCCGGCUCCACACGGACCUGAAGACUCAGCGCCACAAUAUAGUCAUCUCUUCUUCAAUGUAACAACUCAUCACACACCUUCUUACGAUCAUGCGCCCAACCCCGAUAAACAAUGGAUACUGCGCGUCACGCAACCCAUGGAACCAGUACAUAAACGUUUCACGAAUGUACUGAUGACGAAGCGGUUGCAAACGUUGCAGAGUGUAGAUGUCGCCGUGGAGCGUGUCUGCAAUGAGCUUAAAGCUUUGGGUGAGCUCGAUAAUACGUACAUUAUCUAUACCUCCGAUCACGGCUAUCACUUGGGUCAGUUCGGUUUGAUCAAAGGUAAAAGCUUUCCAUUUGAGUUUGAUGUGCGCGUACCUUUUCUGAUACGUGGACCAGGCAUCCAGCCAGCAAGAGUUGUUGAUGAGAUCGUCUUAAAUGUCGAUUUGGCACCCACUUUCCUGGACAUUGGUGGCGUAACGACACCGCAGCAUAUGGAUGGACGCAGCAUUUUACCGCUGCUUUUCAGUCGACAGCGUAAUGUGCGUGAUCAGUGGCCGGAUACGUUUUUGAUAGAGAGUUCAGGCCGUCGCGAAACUCCUGAGCAAAUUGCCGAAUCACGUGCGCGUCUGCAGAUAGAUCGGCUAAAUAUGCGGCUAGCGAAUAGCACUUUUAUUGAAGAGCUAGCAUCGUUCAACGCGAGUACAACAAGUAAUUCGUCAAGUCUAGAUGCAAUCGAUUUGGAUUCGCAUGAAGAGCUGGAGCUCGAAGGAGAGUUGGGCGCGGAAGCUGAGAAGGAGGCUAGAAUAGACGCAGAAAUAGAGGAUGAUGCUGAGGAUGAUCUUGACACAGAUACCGAUGAUGAUGUUUCGUCUGGGGUAUUAGAUGAAGAUAUUGAAGACGAAUUAGAUGUGGACGAAGCUCAAGAAGAGGGUUUGGAUCAGGAACAGCAGGACCAAUAUGAUAAUAAUUUACCGAUGGCGCCGUAUAUGACGAAAAUGAUGCGUUUGAAUUCGGAAUGCUCAGAUCCUGCUUUGCUGGAGAAUUGCCGACACGGACAGAAGUGGAAGUGUGUCAAUGAAGAUGGGCGAUGGCGUAAGCAUAAGUGCAAAUUUCAUUUGCAGCUUCAACACCACCUCGAAGAGAUAUCGAAAUUUACGAAAAAAGAAACGAAACGGAAUUGCGCUUGCUUCACACCAGAUGGCGUUGUCUAUACGAAGAUCAAAACCAAUCGCAAUUAUUUUGAAGGAGAUCGCAUUCGGAAGAGAACUCAAAAUCAAUCACGUUUUUCACGACGCAAUAAACGUUCUGCGGAUGACCUUUCGGAUCCGAACGAAGUGUUUCACACAGAACUGCCCUAUGAGAUGGAAGAACUGCUUGAUCUACAUGACACACUUUCCUCUAUUGAGGACCACCUAAGUCAACCAAAACGCGCCAAACGUGAACUAACCUCCAGCUUCUUCGAAACACCCACCACCAUCGACGCGAAUACAGCUGAUGGUGAGAAGACAGGCAACAAUUCAUCCAACGAUGCCAUAUCAAAGGUUAUACAGGAAAUACAAAAGACGCUCGAAACACUGGAAUUGAAAUUUAUUGCUCCAAAUGAUUUGCACCAACCCAACUAUACGACCACCUUGUCGGCAGCUGGCUUUGUGCGGGGCGGCAAGUUUCCCAAAGUGGGCGGUCGUGUGGGCACGCGUUGUUACAUUGAAUCACAAACGGGCAAGGUGAAUUGCUCCGAUGUAAUUUACGAUGAUGAGAAGACGUGGCGCAAGUCGCGCAAUCAAAUUGAUAUGCUAAUCAAAGUGCUCAAGGAUAAGAUAACACAUCUGAAGGAUAUUAAGAAGCAAAUGCGCGAGAGUAAACAACAGCAAUUGGGCCAACAACAACAGCAACAACUGCAUUACCAUUCUGGUCGCUAUUGGGACAGAGACUAUGUACCACGCAGUGGCAGUAUUGAAAGCAGAAAUAAGGCGGAGGAGCAUGAAAAUGGUGAAGAGCUGUCUUACAAUAUUUCAGAUUACUCGGGUCGCAGACAAAAAGGACGUCGCCGCAAUGGCGGUGGCAGUGGCAUUCAUAAUAAUAAUUUCUACCAGCGUGGCGGCCACAACUACAAUCAUCACCCAUACCAGCGGCAACAUUUGCCUGGUGGAGCUGGUGGUGGUGGCCGACGACGCUAUGAUAAGUCAAUGGGCGGACGCGAAUUCGAUAUGAACUACUUUGCGCAAAGACAUUUCGGUUUUGGCGUGACUGCCACGUACAGUAAUGAGAUUAACAAUGAAAGUGGCAGUGGUGCUGGAGUUGGUGGUUAUGGUGGUAAGAACUCGUACGGCAAAGGUCGCAUGCAGGGGCAUAAUGGCAGUCUGAGUGGUGGACAAUCGCAGAUACAAAGGCGAAGGCGUCCACAAGUUCCGAAUUCAACUGUCGCACAGGCAGUGAAUACAUUGAUUACAACAACAUCAUCGGCAACAACGCGUCCAACAACAGUGCGGCUAAUGAAUGGUAUAAAGAGUACAGCAACAACAAUCACUCGAGCAACAACAGCAACUAGAGAUGGUGUAACCAUUAGCAGUGGUGCAACGGCAACUAUAAAUGAAGCAGCAACAGCACCAGCCACAACAACAAAAACGCGUUUACUUUGGUCGACAACAAUUUCACCGUCAAAUAUCAGUCUUGCGCCCAGCAGCAGUGAAACCACCACAAAGGAGCCGCAUGAAGCUGAUGUGCUCAGCCCAGUAACGCUCAACAAUCUUGGGCAAAAGGAAAUUUUCACUGGCUUAGGCAACACACAACACGCCGAUCCAUUCCAGCAACAAAAAGGUCAACCUGCCGAAUGCUACUGCGAACCGGAUAUUGAGAGUUAUGCCGAUUCUAAAGAGGUUGCACGCGAAGCUCGUCGUAAGCUAAAGGAAGAGCGUCAGCGCAAAAAGGAACGGAAGCGCAUCAAGAAGGCCCGCUUGGAGAAGGAAUGUCUUUCGGAGAAGAUGAACUGCUUCUCGCACGACAACUCGCAUUGGCGUACAGCUCCACUUUGGAACGACAUUCCUUUCUGUUUCUGCAUGAACGCCAACAACAACACGUACUCGUGUGUGCGCACCAUAAAUGCAACGCACAAUUAUUUAUAUUGCGAAUUCACCACUGGGCUAAUAACCUUCUAUAAUUUGAAAAUUGAUCCCUUUGAGACACAAAAUCGCGCCUCCUCAUUAACCAGCGAGGAAAAAUCGUAUAUGCAUGACACAUUGGAGAAGUUGAAGGGCUGUCGGGGCAAGAGCUGUGCAGUCAAACGACAUCCGUUGCAACAACACCAGCAACAAAACGAUAGUGCGCUACGGCCACUGCCACGUGGCUCAAAACGCAAACAAGGUCUUGCGCAAAGCACCUCAGCUGGCGGUUCAUUUGUUUCCAGCCGCCUCGACUAUGACGAGCCUCUGGCUAAACGAAGAAAACUAUCAAAGUGGUCGACACAUACAAAUUUGAAACGUAAACCUUGGAAACAACAACAUCAUUACCAUCAUCAACAUCAACAGCAACCCUAUUACAGGCAGCAACAUAUGCAGCUACAGAGCACCAAUGUUGAGAGCGAGGCCGAAGAUGGGGCCAACGUGCGGAGACUCGGCAUGAUGGAGCGAGCGAAAACUUUGCGGCGUAAUCGUUUUCAACAAGAAAUAAAUAGCCAACAUGCACAGCAGCAGCAGCAGCAACAACAAGAAAGUAUUAGCAACAAAAGUGAUGACUUAGAGGAGAAAUUUGCUGCUAACAAAAGUGUGGCCACGGUGGGGGGUAGCGCAGAGUUGGGAGAGACGCAAAGUUUCACAGAAGUUGUAGAUGCAGCAUCGCUUGAAGCGACAAUAGCAUCAACAACAAAAGCGACAGCAGCAACAGCAACAGCAGCCACAAUAACAAAUACAACACAAGCAGCAAUACUCACAGCAGCAAUAUAAAUGAUUAAAGCUAAAGUGUAAAGUAAAUAUAAAAAUAUAUAGGACUUACAUUUAAGCUUAUCCUCUGCAUAUCCCUACAAAAGUAUGAAGCUAUUUAUUUAUUAUAAUUUAACAAUUUUCUCUAUCGUUUAUGCAUAUCUUUGCUGUUUAAGCUGACGCAAUACUUGCAGCGGCUAAAGAUGAAAAAUGAUAGCGACAUUUAUUACAUACUAUAUAUAAUAUAUGCCUGUAUGUACGUGCAAGUAUACGAGGGUCGUUUGAAAAGUCCCUCGUCCAACGCUAUUCUAGUUUGUUGAUCCCUUCCGAAUAUUAGAAUUUGUGCAAUUCUGAAAGAUAGCCAUUGCUUUCUGCAAUCACCUCCUCAGAUUUUUCUUUUUUUUUUCAACUAAAUUUUCACAAUUUGGAAACAAUUCAUGGCGUUAAACGGUUCAUGAUGAACAGAAAUAUCAACACAGUUUGCCAUUCUCAGCUGUCAAACUAUAGUUAUCGAUAUCGAUAGUUCUCAUGCAGCUAAAAAACACCCGAAAUAUAAGAAGCAAAAUGUUAGAUUAUGAUUUUCAUCGAUUUCUCAAGCCACCUUCGUACAUACAUACAUACGUACAUGUUGACAUGUAGUGAAGUUAACGCCAAGAUUUCUAGUUACAAAUUAAGGCUUCGGCUACACUUGAAACAAAAAAGGAAGAAAUGCAGAAAGUGCAAGUGAUGUUAAGAAAAUCUAUACAUAAAUACAUAUAUAUCUACAUACAUACAUAUAAAGUUCAAGUAAAAAUAAGCAUGCUUACGUAUAGUUGCGUGUGUAAGCGUAUAAUGUUUAGUUUUUUUUUAAAUAAGACUGUUUUAGUAGAUUAACAUUGUAAUUAAGCCAAAACUAACUAAAUUAAUUGUACAUUAAAUGUUCACAAAUUUCUCUGCGAAGAGCAUAAAAGCGCGAGCAGCUAUUGGCGUUGCAAAUGUUAUUAGUGAAAAAUAUUAAAAUAUUAUUAAAAAUGAGAAUUUUAUGAUGCGACAAAUCUACCAAAAAAAGCAAAUAAAAAACAACAAAUAACUAUAAGUGAAAAAUUUAAAAACAAAUAUUUAAUAAAAAAAAAUACACAUCAAAAAUAUAUGUAUGCGCAUAAAUAGCUUUUAAUUAAAAAAGUAAGCUUAAAAACAUGCAGCGUAAUUUAGGAAAAAAAUAAAUUCUUGGCUAAAGCUGAUGAUUGUUAACGAAAAAACUUUAACGAUUUAAGAUAUUAAAACUUACAUACUUACAUAUGCAUACAAAUUCGGUAACUCAAGACACAUACAUAUGUAUAUAUAUGUAUGUAUACAUAUGUAUAUAUCUUUUUUUUCAUAAUCAGCGAGAGCAAUCAAACGGCUAACGACGGUCUGGUUUAUGUUGUUCUUGGGGAAAGCCUCUCACUCUCACAACAUUCAUCAAAAUGUUGUGGAGUGCUUAAUGACGCUACCACAACAAAUACAACAAAUCGUAAUAAAUGGUAUGCUCUUCGGCAUCCAUGAGCUGAGUACUUCGGCAACGUUUAUUUUGAGAAUCGGGUGUUUUUACUUUUACCAAUACUUUAUUUGCAAUCUGGACGUACUUUAUUUAAAAAAGAGCUGAUUUUGAAUGACUCCAGGGUGGGUCAAUUUGGAAAGCAAGCAAGCCUAAAAAGCAAUUAAUUGAUAAAGCAUUACUGAAUAGCAUUUCUGGACAUGAGCAACAUAAAUAUACUCAUCUCGCUUUAACCCUUUUAAUACCGGGGGUCGAAUCGGCGAAUGUGCAGAGGUUUGCAAAAAUGCUCAUAAAAACGAGAGUAGGAGUGAUAUAAACAAAAUUUAAAGAGCAGUAUAUUGCGAAAUAAACGGAGAAUAUUACAAUUAUGUUGCGAUAUUUAUUGAAAAUUGAAUCUUUCCAAAAACUUACCUACAAAACUGACAACAUUUUUCGCUGCUAAUUGUGGUUCUAUGAAAAUGUUGACGGCUUUUGAACACUGACUGCACGUUAGAUGGAUCAAGAAAGGCUGAACAAGAUUUUAGGCUCGCCGUAUCGAUGGACGCGGGCCACUUGAGUAUUCUGAAAACUAUCGGAAACAUCGUAAAGAUUGCGAUUACGUUGCAUAGAAACUAUCCCGUGCUGACAGAUAUCCGAAGGAUAUGUCGUGUCCCGUUACUACGUCAACGCUCUAACAUACAUAUACAGAUCCUCCGCUCUAAUCAGCAUAAGAGAUACCAAAAUAACCAUUUUUUAUUUGUUGUUGCAUCGAAUAUGAACCCGUUUAACAUUUUAUAAAGAUAUUUUGAAACACAGAGAUUUUGAGAUGCACUUUUAGCAAGUGCACAACGCGAAGAUAUAUCGGGCUAAAAGGGUUAAUGCUAAUGUAGUACCGACUUAUUUUGUGUACAGUUAGCCAGCACUGAGGGCGGGCAAAAUGCUUAUUUAAGAGUAAGUGAAUGAAUUCAUAGAUUGAGUAACUAAUGCGGUAAUGCGGUCGGUCAGCGUGCAAAACUUGGCAAUGUCUUUGCUCGACACAAAGCAAGUGCCCUGACGAUUUGCCGUCACCCAAGCACUGAUUCUUAUUUACUCAAUGAUUCAUACUAAGUAAAAUUUUCAAUUUAAUGUCUAGUACUGAGUACUUCUGAGUAUUUUUCAGCAUACAGUACCGAGUACUGACGACUCCUUUUAGAUUAGGAUACUUACUACUUUAAGUAUCGAUUCUGUACAACUAGCUCGUGUUAUCUAUUU